AUGGCUGCCUCUCCCAGUCCCGUUGAAGUCGAGUCAAUCUUCAAGAUAGAUGUUCUAGCUAAUCGAAUGUUCCUGGCUUCCGCUGUGCUAUACGUAUACGACACACUCCUCACCCUUCCGAUGGAGAUACAUGGUGUCUGGUACAAAAAGUGGAAUGCGACGUCCAUUUUGUAUGCGACAAACAGGUACAUAUACAUCUUGGCCCAAUUCACCGAAAUCAUCGCCUCAUUCGGAGAUGGUUCGUCGUCUAUUCGAUGUACCGUUAUCGGUAUCGUGAGCAAUUUGGGCCUCGUUCUUGGCGGGGUCUUGACGAGUUGCCUGUUCACCUUACGAAUGUAUGCAUUAUACGGCCAAAAUGUCGUGGUACUGCUCGGUUUGGGCAUCCUUAUUGUUAUUCAACUGAUCAUCGAUAUUCUGGACACAUUUGUGGCGCAAAUGAACGAGAAAUCUAGCGAUUUCCUAGCUACAGGCUCAUUGAAUACUACGGCGGCUGUCCUAGCUUUGCAGGUUGUGAACACCACCAUCUCUGUACACGCGUAUGUCACUCAAGCUCAGGUUCAAAAUACGGCUUCGACAUUCUUCCAGCUCCUCUCACCGUUCGAAAAUAUGACUACUGUCCUUCUCGCCAAUCGUCUUUAUCUCAAUCUCAAGACUUGGGACGACCAUGACACGGACGCUUCCCAACAUACACGCCAGCUCUCUGGUAUCAACUUCGCAGGAAGCGCUAUGCUUGGAAGAAUAGGGGCUCCAAUUCGGACUAUGGACGAAGACAUACUGUACUCACAACCUUCCAUCGUCGAACAAAACCCGGACGAAGGCGAGGCCAAUAACUCCACUCGUGUACAGGCCGAGAACAUGACAGUAUUUCCCGUGGUAUGCAUGCUCUUUUAA